CAGGGUGUCAUCAAGGUAGCAGGACAUGUUUGUGAUGCCACAGCACCAAGAAGUCGUUCAACUUGAAGUAUAAACCAUUCUUUAGUCUCAGCUGGAGCUCAUCAGAGCUUAAACUCUGAUCCUCCGAGCAGCUAUCUGCAGCAGUUGUGUUUCAGCCUGUGUGUAGAUGGGAGCAGAUGCCGCUCAGACGCUGCGCUCUCCGGUCGCUGCUGGACUGAAAUCAUCCCGAGGAGAUGCGCAGAUUCGUUGAGAUGGCAGAUGGCGCAGCCACUUGUGGAGGAUUCCUGGAUUACAGCGCAGAGACGUGUUGUUGUUGUUGUUGUUUACUCCUCUGGGACUAGAAAGUGUUGCGGAUGAGUGUGACCCAUGUAACCUGCAGGUCGGACUCCAGACUUUGCUGACAUGAAGGUGUACUACUACAUCGUGAUCGAAGUAGUCAUCGCGAUCCUCUCCAUCUCCGGCAACGUGCUGGUGUGCUGGGCUGUGGCCAUCAACAGCACCCUGAAGAACGCCACCUUCUACUUCCUGGUGUCCCUGGCCGUGGCGGACAUCCUGGUGGGCUGCCUCGCCAUCCCCUUCGCCAUCAUCAUCAGCAUCGGCUUGCCCCUGGACUUUUAUGGAUGCCUGUUCCUCGCCUGUUUCGUCCUGGUCCUGACGCAGAGCUCCAUCUUCAGCCUGCUGGCCAUAGCCAUCGACAGAUACCUGGCUGUGAAGAUCCCACUGAGGUACAAGGAGUUGAUGACGGGGAAGACUGCCAGAGAAAUCAUAGCAAUUUUAUGGAUCCUUUCUUUUGUUAUCGGCCUUAUUCCCUUCUUUGGAUGGAACUCAAAGUACUUGAGUUGCAGCAACACUACAGACUACAAACACAGAGGCAGCGWACCCCAGAGCUGCAAGCUCAACUGUCAGUUUGAGAGCGUGGUGGACAUGCAGUACAUGGUCUACUUCAACUUCUUUGUGUGCGUGCUGCUGCCGCUGCUCAUAAUGCUGGGCAUCUACGYGAAGAUCUUCACCGUGGCCAGGAAGCAGCUGAGACAGAUUGAGCUCAAAUGUGUGGGCAACAGGGACAGCCCAAACCAGGGGUUGCUGCAGAAGGAGAUCCGAGCUGCCAAAUCCCUCUCCAUCAUCGUGGGACUGUUCGCCGUCUGCUGGCUGCCCGUCCACAUCCUCAACUGCCUGGGGCUGUUCUACAAGGACCUGAAGAAGCCGGAGGGGGUCAUGUACAUGGCCAUCAUCCUGUCCCACGCCAACUCUGCGAUYAACCCCAUCAUUUACGCGUACCGCAUCCAGGACUUCAGGAACACCUUCCGUAAGAUCCUGGCCCAGCACUUUCUCUGCCGCAAAGAGGAGCUUUACCUCAGCUCCAACGGCAGCAGACGCCACAGAGAYCAGAUCCACAUGACCGUCGACCCGCUGCUAUAGUCAUGCCGCGGGGGGACUGGGAUCUGGGUCAGCUGUUGAGUCUGGACUUUCCUUUUUACUGAGGUUUUUAAUGUUUACAGAACAAGGGUAUGAUGAUAUGUGAAGAUGUCAAUCACGCCUUGAAUGUGGAGAUUUAUUUAUAAAUCGUGACGAGAGUUGAAGGUGGGGAUCAGUGUUCAACAGCAAGUCUUAUGAAACCUUUGGGUUGUGAAGCGUUUAAUUUAAAAAGAGUUGAAGCUAACUGGAUUUGUAGGACUGUGAAGAGGAUCCAAACUGAAACGACUUUGUUACAAACACUACUCUUUUCUGCCCUGUUGGUGUACAUUGUCGACAUUCAGUGCCAGUGUUAAAUAAUUAUUUUAUUACAAGACCUUGUUUUUGAGAAUGUAAUGAUCAAAAUAGCUAUUUGUGAAUAGAUCUGUACUUGUAGAGUUUAAAAAGGUACAGUAGGUUUCUUCAUCUGUGAUUAUUUUUAUUUUGGCUCGUAAACCUUUAAAAUUAAUUUAAACCCAUCACUGCCUCUGUAUACAGAGACGGACAAUACUUAUGUAUUUAUUUAUGUGGCUUAAUUAGGAUGAUAUAAAGAUGGAAGAAUGAAACUUUACAUAUCACAGAAAGUAAAAAAAAAAAAUUUUUUUAAAUCAAAUUGUUCCUUUUACUAAGUGCCAGUGACUGUAGGAUAAGAUAUGGCAGGAAGAAUGUAUGCACAGAGCUAAGAAACAGCAUUUUUAUUAGAAGUACUUAGAAAAAUAUAGAAAAAACAAAACAUUUCCUUCCCCGUGUAUCAUUUUAUGACUGCAGGGGUCACAAACCCAUUGUGAGCCCGCCACUGUUUUCUUCUACAGAAAGUGGUUCUGUGGCUCUGACACAAACAUCAUGAUUAGAUUCAGCCUCAGAGGGGAAAAAAAAAGCUCAAAACUCACCUGCAGCCAUGAAUCAUGCCUUUACCUUAAAGGGAUAGUUAGCCAUUUUGAAAUGGAUUUCUUCAAGGUUACAAAUAAUUUACAUUUUACCUGUUCUGAAAAACAUUUUGAACAACAGAAACAGAGUUUACAUGCUGCAGGAUUGCUGAGUUGACAGCUAGACAUCAACUGCAAAUUCUGCUUUAGUAGCAGGUUCAUUKGAACAGUAAGGAUGAAUUAAUAAUGGCUAGUCGAAGUUUUAUUUAUUUUUUUGAUCAUCCUUCGUAGAAGACGGCCUAUGAUGGUCAAAAGUUCUGUUGUUCGUGUUCCAAUGUGGGCGCAACUCUGGUUUCCCAUCCAAGUACAAGAAAUUAAUCRGGGUUAAUUGUGUCAUUUAGCCAACAAUGAUUAGAAGAUGACAAUUGCACUUGCAUGUUUUUGACUCUGAAUCGGUGAAGCUAACAGGUUAAAAUAAUAAGCUGUGAAUUGAAACCCAGCUUUUCCACAACGUUGUGACAGCAUAUCUUUAGUAAUGCAAUAUGCCACAGCCCACCCCGUAAUAUCUCCUUCCAGUGCUGACUUUGCUUUGUAAGGGACAGACUGACUGAGCAUCGUGGAUUCUCAGCUGAGUAGAUUUGUUUCCACUUCUGGAGGUGUGUUUGUUGUAGCAGAUUCUGGCUUUCCUUGUAUUCUGGUUUGUUGUUGUGUUUCAGGUGAUUAAACAAGUUCGUAAUGUUA